GUCAAAACCAACUUGGAAUACGAAUUUAGAUUCAAAUACGCAAAGAAUAUGCUGGAGAAACUUAAUAAAUGAUCUUCACCUGGUUCUUGUAUUUAAUGACCAUCCAAUGUAUUAUUUCAGGCCCCAGGAUCAGUUUUCUUCUCUCAUUUUGAAGUAAUGGCAAAACGGAUAGCAAUCAUUGGAGCAGGAUCAAGUGGACUUUUGGCAUGCAAGUACACCCUGGAGAAGGGUUUCCAUCCCAUAAUCUUUGAAGCUGAAGAAGGCAUUGGAGGAGUAUGGACUCGUACUAUAGCUUCAACCAAGCUCCAGAAUACCAAAGAAACUUACCAAUUUUCUGAUUUUCCUUGGCCUGCAUCUGUAAAUGACAAGCAUCCAUGUCACAGUCAAGUGCUUAACUAUCUUGAAUCUUAUGCACAACAUUUUGGCAUCUUUCCUUACAUAAAAUUCAAUUCCAACGUCAUUAGCAUAGGAUAUGUUGGAGAGUCUUAUGAAGAGAUGGAGUCUUGGGUUCUAUGGGGUGGAAGUGGUAAACCCUUUGGAUCGAAAGGGAAAUGGCACGUUAGAGUUCAAGAUGUCAAAAAUUGCACUACAGAGGUGUACCAGGUUGAUUUUGUGAUUCUUUGUAUGGGACUAUACAGUGGUUUUCCAAACAUCCCAGACUUCCCUCCAAAUCGAGGCCCAGAAGUGUUCAAUGGUAAGAUAAUGCAUUCAAUGGAAUAUUCUGCAAUGGACAAUCUGAGUGCCCUUGAGUUCAUCAAAAGAAAGAGAAUUACAAUCAUUGGCUCACAGAAAACUGCACUCGAUAUUGCAGCAGAAUGUGCAAAUGCAAACGGAUUUGAGUAUCCUUGUACAAUGAUUCAAAGAACUGCUCGUUGGCAAAUCCAGAGUGAGAAUAUAUGUGGUGUUAACAUUGGUUUCUUGUACUUGAACCGUUUUUCUGAGUUUUUGAUUCACAAGCCUGGGCAAACAUGUCUGCUCAGCUUGUUGGCCACCUUGCUCUCACCAUUGAGAUGGGGAAUAUCGAAGUUCAUUGAAUGCUAUCUAAGAUCGAAACUCCCAUUAAAGAAAUAUGGAAUUAUACCAAAAUCUAGCUUCUUUCAAGACAUCUCUUCAUGUCAAACAUGCAUGCUGCCAGAAAAGUUCUAUGAUAAAGUUGAAGAAGGAAGCAUCAUCAUAAGGAAAGCACAUUGCUUUAGCUUCUGUAAACAAGGUCUGAUUAUCGACGAAGAGUGUCAGCCACUAGAAACAGACCUUGUCAUAUUUGCCACAGGAUACAAGGGAGAGCAAAAGCUGAGAAACAUUUUUGAGUCUCCAUUCUUCCAGAAAUGCAUUACUGGGUCAACUGAUAGAAUUUCUCUUUACAGACAAGUAGUUCAUCCUCGGAUUCCACAACUUGCUAUAAUAGGAUAUGCAGAAAGUCUCUCAAAUCUGUAUGCAUCUGAAAUUAGAUGUCAAUGGCUAGCACACUUCCUUGAUGGAAAAUUUGAACUACCAUGUGUAAGUGAGAUGGAAAAGCAAGUGUCAAUAUGGGAAAAUUUUAUGAAAAAGCACAUUGGUAAUUCUAGGAGAGCCUGUAUUAGUAACAUACAUAUAUGGGGCAAUGAUCAAUUAUGCAAGGACAUGGGAUGUGAACCCAGAAGAAAAAAAGGUUUUUUUGCAGACUUGUUUGCACCAUAUGGACCAACAGAUUAUGCAGGCCUAUGUUGAUGAAUACUGUUAAAGCAACACUAGCAAUCAAGGCUCAAUAUGCAAAUAUUGCAUACAUAUCUUUGCCACCUUGUUCUUAGGCUUAAUGUAUUUAUGCUGGUUUUGGAUAGUCCAGAUUUUCCAUUGGUUUUUGAA